AUCCUCAUUCCUCCCAAAUGAAAUGAGACUGAAAAAAAAUCGAAGAAAGAAAAAAAGUGAGAAAAGCCCUUCAAUAACCCUUUGUCUCUCUGUACAUCUUUCUCUUUCUUCUCCUUCUGCAAUUCUGCAAUUCUACAAUCAAUGUCGGUGCCCUUUCACUUAGAUCUCCCCAAAAAGUAAAACCCUAUUGUCUUAAUUCCCAACUUUCCCAGAUCCUACAGUUUUUCCCCUUUUCGAUUUCUGCAAUUUCAACUGUUUGACAUUGUCGUUUCACUUCUGCAACAUACAGUACAAAUUUGUUGGGGGUUUGAAGAAGAUAGCCCACCUUCUGAAAGUGGGGUUUUAUAUGCUUAUUUUUUGGGUUUAAAUUAUUCAUUUCAGUAGUAGCAAUCGUAGUUUCUGUGUUCUGGAGAGAGAAAAAGAGUAGGAUUGUGGUUUUGUGAAGAAUAAGAGCAAUGCAAGAGUCAGGGGAAACUUCUGGAACUUACCAUGGGAUGUCCUCUGACAACAUUAAAGGUUUGGUUUUGGCUUUGUCUUCAAGUUUUUUCAUUGGGGCAAGCUUCAUUGUUAAGAAGAAAGGCUUGAAGAAGGCCGGUGCUAGUGGUGUUAGAGCAGGUAGUGGAGGUUACUCCUAUUUAUAUGAACCACUUUGGUGGACUGGCAUGUUAACCAUGGUUGUUGGGGAAAUUGCAAAUUUUGCGGCCUACGCUUUUGCUCCAGCUAUUUUGGUGACUCCACUUGGUGCAGUCAGUAUCAUCAUAAGUGCUACCCUUGCGCACAUUAUUUUGAGAGAGAGGCUGCAUAUGUUCGGGAUUCUUGGCUGUAUACUAUGUGUUGUGGGCUCAAUAACAAUUGUUUUGCAUGCACCUCAAGAGCGCCAAAUUGAGUCUGUAGCUGAAGUAUGGGAUCUAGCCACAGAGCCGGGUUUCCUCGCAUAUGCAGUUCUGGUGCUAGUAGUAGUUUUUAUUCUCAUGGUAAACUAUGUUCCACAAUAUGGGCAGACUCACGUAAUGGUCUACAUUGGAAUUUGUUCACUUGUGGGGUCUUUGUCGGUAAUGGGUGUUAAAGCACUUGGAAUCGCUCUGAAGUUGACAUUCUCAGGAACAAAUCAAUUGGCAUAUCCCCAAACUUGGGUAUUUGCUAUUUUUGUGGUGUCAUGUAUUCUAACGCAAAUGAAUUAUUUAAACAAGGCACUUGAUACUUUCAACACAGCUUUGGUGUCACCUAUAUACUAUGUGAUGUUCACAACCUUUACCAUUCUGGCUAGUGUUAUUAUGUUUAAGGAUUGGGCUGGACAAAAUGGAAGUCAAAUUGUCACAGAGAUGUGUGGAUUUGUAACCAUUCUGGCAGGAACUUUUCUUCUACAUAAAACAAAGGAUAUGACAGACAGCCCUUCAUUCUCGUUCUCACGAACCCCUAGGCACUCAAACAUGGAAGAAUUCGACCUUGAAGGCGCUCCGCUGGUGAACCAAGAACUAGCACAUACAUCAUAGCGAAUCAUGUUGGCUCGGAAAUCUGCAAGUGGGGCCCGUCUUUUAUCAUUACAGUGUCGGGACUGGCGCAUUAUUACAGUAAUGCCCCUGUUAAUGAGCUCCCAUUCUUUUGACUUUAAAACAAGCAGAGUACAACCAAGCAGCACACACAGCCUAGGGUUGAAGAUGAAGUAAGCUGCUCUUGCCAGAAUGCCCUUGUUAAUGUGCUUUACUUUCUGAAUCAGUAUUAAGAAUUCUGAUUAGGGCUUUGAGUGAUUGAUGAAAUGUUGUUGAUGAAGGCUUUGUAGAUAAUUAAGAUUUGAUCAAUACAACUAAUUUAGAUUCGAGUUUGUUUCAAAGGGUGUAUAAAGAUACAAAGUCGAUCAAUUACUUGUAGUCAUUACAUUCAUUUUUGUUGAUGAGUUCCUGUAUUUUAACCAGUUUAUUACAACAAUCUGCAAAUUGUCUCGGAAUUUCCCCAUAUUAAUCCCCGA